GUUGUACGUCGUGACGUUUCACGUACGUUUUUGUAGCGGUGGAGCGCGGCAAACGCGGCCACAACAUCACGUAGAGCCAAACGUGCUAACCGUGCUAACCCGGCUUGGAGUUACAGUCACAGUGAAAAGAAAGCAUGGCUACAAAUAAAGCACAGAGCAGGAAUCUGCCGUGGGUUGAAAAGUACAGACCACAGAAACUCGACGAUCUGAUCUCACACAAAGAUAUCCUGAGCACCAUCCAGAAGUUUAUCAGUGAGGACAAGCUCCCCCAUCUCUUGUUCUACGGCCCCCCUGGAACAGGCAAAACCUCCACCAUCCUCGCCUGUGCCAGGCAGCUGUACAAGGACAGAGAGUUCAACUCCAUGGUGUUGGAGCUAAACGCAUCAGAUGACAGAGGUAUUGAUGUUGUACGAGGUCCUGUUCUGAGUUUUGCCAGCACCAGGACCAUCUUCAAGAAGGGCUUCAAGUUGGUGAUACUGGACGAGGCCGAUGCCAUGACCCAGGAUGCCCAGAAUGCAUUGCGGCGAGUGAUUGAGAAGUUUACAGAAAACACUCGAUUCUGUCUGAUCUGCAACUAUCUGUCCAAGAUCAUCCCCGCCCUGCAGUCUCGUUGCACCAGAUUUCGUUUCGGCCCGCUGUCCCCGGACCAGAUGAUCCCACGGCUGGAGCACGUAAUACAGGAGGAGAGCAUUGACAUAACUCCAGAUGGGAUGAAAGCCAUUGUGACCUUAUCAUCAGGUGAUAUGAGAAGAUCACUUAACAUACUGCAGAGCACCAGUAUGGCGUACGGGAAGGUCACAGAGGACACUGUGUACACCUGCACAGGUCACCCCCUCCGCUCCGAUAUAGCCAACAUCCUCGACUGGUCCCUCAACAAAGACUUCAACACAGCAUACAAGCAAAUCCUUCAGCUCAAGACUUUGAAAGGUUUGGCCCUGCAUGAUAUCCUCACUGAGGUUCAUCUGCUCAUACACAGAGUGGACUUUCCUCCGUCUAUUCGUAUGGGUCUGCUCAUCAAGUUGGCUGACAUCGAACACCGGCUCGCCUCAGGAACCGAUGAGAAGAUCCAGCUGAGCUCCAUGGUUGCAGCUUUCCAGGCAGUGAGAGACCUUGUGGUCAGCGAGGCCUCGUAGAUACCUUUUGCGUUUAACCCCACAAAGUUCUUUCUAUUGAGCACAGACGACUGGAGAAGAGAAACAUUUCCACCAACUCCUUGGUGGCUACCACGACUUCAAGUAUCUGUUAUUCCUCUACAAGAUUAAUUGUCUGUCGUCCUACUGCUUUCGUCCAUGUAACAACAUUAACAGUCUUUUCUGGAGGUUCAAGGGUCUACUCAUUUGUAGCUGUGAUGCUCAGAAUAGGUAGAGUUUUUUCAUUUUCACAUUACUGAUGAGAAGUCUGUGGAAUGACUUGAGUUUGUUUGUUUAGAGAGAGAAACAGAUGCCCUCAAGUGUGAUUGCCCACCACUGCUCCACAGAGUUGAUGUACAGUGCAGACACGAAUGCUCGCAGCUAUCUGAAUCAUUCACUUCUGCGUGCAAACUGAGCAAAAAGGAAGGCAGUUGUUUGUAACUCCAGUACCAAAAAAAAAGAAAAGACAUGUCGUAAGGGCACUUAAAAUAUGCAAUGAGGUAAAACAUAUUAAAGGAAUAUGUGAAAUAACACCAUAUACAUCUGUGGAAGAAAACAUCUGGGACAUGUACUUGUGCUUAAAUCUGUUUAAUAAAACUAUUUUAUAAGUAA